UGUAUACCCCUUGACCAAGAAAGUAGGAAACUAUUUGCCUUUGAGUGGGAACAUCCAGAAAGUGGAAGAAAAACUCAGCUCACCUGGACUCGAUUACCGAUGGGGUACAAGGGGUCCCCCACUCUCUUUGGAAGUCAACUGGCAAAAGAACUGGAAAUCUGGACCAGAGAAGGGCAAGUACCAAGAGACCAAUAUUUAUUACUCCAGUAUGUAGAUGACAUUUUGAUUGCAACAGAGGAAGAAAUGACCUGCAUAAAGGUAACCAUUGAGAUCUUAAAUUCAUUAGGAAUGGGAGGGUAUAAGGUAUCCAGAGAAAAAGCACAAAUUGCCCAACAGACUGUGAUUUACCUGGGAUGUGAAAUCUCACAAGGGCAGAGAAAACUGGGUACUAAUCGUAUUCAAGCUAUCUGUGCUAUUCCAGAGCCCCAGAAUCUACACGAGCUGCGGAUCUUCCUCGGAAUGACAGGGUGGUGUCGCCUGUGGAUCAUGGACUAUGGACUGAUUGCAAAACCCUUGUACGAGGCUCAGAAGACGCAGCCAUUCACCUGGGGCAAACCACAGAAAGAGGCCUUCCAGAAGUUAAAGGAAGCACUGACAACUGCUCCUGCUUUGGGGUUACCUGAUCUGUCUAAAGACUUUCAGCUGUACGUGCAUGAAAGGCAGCGACUGGCACUGGGAGUCCUGACCCAACGACUGGGAAGCUGGAAAAGGCCGGUGGGUUACUUUUCCAAACAACUCGACAACGUAAGUGCCGGAUGGCCUUCAUGUCUGCGGGCAGUGGCAGCUACCGUGCUGCUGAUACAGGAAGCCAGGAAGCUCACAAUGGGAAGACACAUAGAUGUCUAUGUUCCACACAUGGUAACUACAGUCCUGGAACAAAAGGGGGGCCAUUGGCUCUCUCCAAGCCGGAUGAUGAAGUUUCAGGUAACCCUGACUGAGCAGGAUGAUGUUGCACUAAAAACAACUAACCUCUUGAAUCCAGCUCUAUUUCUAGGUGCCACAGCUGAGGAAGGUCCAUUAGAGCAUGACUGUCUAGAAGUCAUCGAGCACACUUAUUCAGCAAGAACAGAUCUGAAGGAUGUCCCCCUGGAGCAACCAGAGUGGGAACUCUUUACAGAUGGAAGCAGCUUCAUGGAGAACGGAGCCAGAUACGCGGGAUAUGCGGUAACUACAAUUGAUGUAGUAAUAGAGGCAAAAUCACUACCACCUAACACGUCUGCACAAAGGGCAGAACUAAUCGCAUUAAUCUAUGCCUCUGCCCACACAAGGGAGAAGGCCACAGAUGUCAAAAAAUACCUAGUGCAGGCCUUCUCCAUGCUGGGGAUCCCCAAGGUCAUCAAAACUGAGAACAGGCCCACCUAUGCCUCCAAGGCCUUUGAUGAGUUCCUGCAGCAAUGGGGAGAAGAGAAUAAAAAGGGCAUCCCCUACUCCCCCACAGAUGAGGAAAUUACCAGGAAGGCCACGUUACAAAAUUGGACUGCCAUUGACUUCCUCCUUCUCACACAUGGCCACGGGUGUGAGGAAUUCGAGGGUCUCUGUUGCGUCAACCGAUCCUCCAAGAGUAAAAGCAUCCACGCUUCCAUUGGAAAAAUGAAGACCCUGAUUGGAGACAUCAAACAAGAAACCAAAGACUGGAUGGGCAACAUCUUUAAGAACUGA